AUGGUGAUCGUGAAUAGGGGGUGUUGUUCGGAUUUGAAUAGGCCGCGGUGGCAUAGCGGCGCUUGUUCUUCUCUAUAUCUCCCUCUCUCGGAAUCUCUUUCUCUCUUGCCGUUGUUAGUCGCUGUUUGUCGCUGUUUGUUGUCCUUGGUCUUCUCGCAGAGGGGGCGGGGAAGAUUUGCUUCCACCCUUGGCGUUGCUAAUUGUUGCUGCGGUGUUGGCACAUCGUGUGUUUAG